ACGUCGCGCUCCUACGCAAGUCCUAAAAAAGAAGACCCAAGCUCCUUUUUCAAGCCCUCAAGCGGCGCACACUAAAGCUACAGCUACCCACCCAACGCCUUGGAGUGACUCCCCCGUUGCAGGACUAGUUGCAACCACUACAUCACACGCCUCGCUUGCUUGAGUCUUUACUCAACGCGAGCUCAAAACUAGAAAAGAGGGAGUUUUGCCACCCCCGCUGCAUGGCGAAAUUUGCCGACUGCAUCACCUGGACCACCCUCGACGUCGUCUUAUCCAAGAAUUUAUCCAUACCUCACAUACAAGGCGUUUCGAGCUCAUCUCAUCAGACUGCGAAGCGUCUUAUAACUUUUUAACCGCUCAGAGCUCCAAGAAUUCCCCAACUGUCGACUAGCCAAGCAGAGACGAGGACGAUGGGGAUGAUUAUGGCCAAUGUCGGCGAGGACGACGGAUCUGGCGCAGGGGAGAGUGGCGGCGACAGUUCCAGUGGCAGUAGUAGUGGCAAUAGCGGCUUAAUACGAAACCAUGGGCGCAAGACGGCCACUCCGGCCGCUGCUGCCCGAACCAAAGACCAAGUUAAGCGUGCUGUUGCCACUAAGACUAAGCCCAAGCCUCGAAGCGAAGCCAAAACUGCCAGAAAAGUCAAGCUCCAACCGAUAGACAAGAAAAAGACGGCCAUGCCACGGCACUUUGGCUACGGUACCGUCAAAGCGGAGCCUCCCAGUGAUGACUUGAGUGCAACUUCGUGGAAAUCGAAUGUGGAAAAGUGGAACUUAGAAACACACCAGUUGCUGAGUCCUCGAGCUGGAUCGAGGAUCAAAAAGCAGUUCAAUGGACCAAAUCGCCAUGUACGUUCGAAAGCGAACUUGCGGUUUGGAUCGGAAGAGUCUGGAGAUGACUCGGAGACGUCCAACAGUUCGUACAGCUCGUCGUCCGGCUCCGAUAGCCCCACAAAUUCAGUGGCAAUCCCCAUUCGAUCGUCGUCAUUUUCCGCUGCUGAUCGAUGGGAAGAGCAAGUGCUACUGUCCAAGUCAUCAAAAGCUCGCAAAGUUACUGAAGAAUUGCCACUACUUCAGUCGUACAGAGACUCGGAGACUGAUAUUGAGUCGGGUAUUCUUCUGGAAGAAGUGGAGAAUGAUACACAUCCGGAGGUCAAGACAGAAGUGUUAAAGCUGAUCACAUUGGCCAACCCGGUCAUUUUUACGUAUGUGCUGGAGUUUUUCCCUGCACUGGUGAGUAUGACUUUAGUGGGUCAUUUGGAUUCACCUUUAACCAAGCAAUAUCUGGAUGGUGUGGCUUUAUCGACGAUGGUAUUAAACCUGACAGCUAUUGGCGUUGGCUUCGGAUUGGCCACUGCAAUGGAUACACUGUGCUCUCAAGCGUAUGGCGCCGGGAAACCAAAGAAGCUGGGUAUCUACCUGCAAAGUGGUCUGAUUGUAUUGGGCGUCACGAUGAUCCCCGUGUUUUUCAUCAACUGGUAUACCGAAGCUCUACUACUGAUGAUUGGCCAACCUGCACAAGUCGCAGCGUUCGCUGGACGCUUCAGCCGGAUUCUUUUGCCUGGAAUCCCGGCCAUGUAUGUGUACGAAAUGUUGAAGAAGGUGAUGCAAGCCCAGAAUGUCGUGCUGCCGAUGGUGUAUAUUGCCGUGCUCAGUAACCUGGUUAACCUCUUUCUGGGCGUUUACCUGACGUUCUACACGUCGAUGGGCUUCGAUGGUACAGCCAUUGCACGUUUAUUGUCCGAGAUGGCGCUGCCGUUGUGUCUGAUCCCGUACUUCAUGCGUAAUCCUCAUAUCCCGGCCGAGUGGUGGCCUGGUUGGCGUACAAAGGAAGCGGUUAACCACUUGGGUAUCUUCUUGAAACUGGGGGUACCCGGUGCCGUCAUGUUGUUGUUCGAGUGGGUUUCGUUCGAGAUUAUGGCGGCGAUCAUCGGCUGGUUACCGGGCAGCGUUGUGGCUAUCAGUGUGCAUUCCGUACUGGUGAAUGUGUCCACCUUUGCGUACAACUUUUUCCUGGGUAUUUCGGUGGCUGCAAAUGUGCUUGUAGGCACCUACUCAGGCAGCAACAAGCCUCAACACGCCAGAAUGGCCUCGACGCUCGGUAUGAUCCUGUCUGUAUCAUUGUCAGCACUUCUUGCCGUCAUUAUCAUCGCCACGCGGUAUUAUAUCCCGGAGAUCUUCAUCAAUGAUACCGUAUCCAUCGAGUUAGCUGGCCACGCUAUGCUGUUCCUGAUGCCGUAUCAGAUGUGCGAUGCUGUCAAUGCUGUAAUGCAAGGCGUGCUUCGCGGCACGGGACGGCUGUCGCUGGGCGCGUACAUCAAUCUGGUCGCGUAUUUCGUGCUUGGUUUGCCUAUUGGCGCGUAUCUUGCCUUCGGGAUGGAAAUGGGCGUCGAGGGAAUGUGGCUCGGUCUCACUGUCGGCAUCUUUUUCGGCUGUGUUGUAUCGUUUGUCAAAAUCUGCGAGACGGACUGGAAAGGCAUGGCCGACGACGCGCGUGUGCGCACAAGCUAAGCGAACAGCAGUCGUGCUGCUGGUUUCUGUUUCUUUUUUUUUUUUCAUUUUUGCGAGAAACUUCUGUUGCUGUCGUCCUAGUGGCGGAGUAACUCGGUUCUCGUUUGCAUCUUUCGUAGCAUCUUAUGAAUUGAACGCCCGUGCGUUUAGCAUUUCAAUAUGAAUGCCCGUUAACCCAAGAUAAAUUCUGUUUUGUUU